GUACAAAGUUGAAAAUCAAAGCUUGUGCUUCCAUUUAAACCUGUUGGACUAUAACCUGGUGUCGUGUGAUUUUUAACGAAGUUUAAGGAGAACCCGUUCCCCGCCCAUCUCCUCGGCGUUCGACCUGGUUUGAUCUUCAACACUUUAAGUUCAUUUUUCCUCUCAUGCGCAAAGGUUGACAGGACAGUUUUUGUUUUAAAAGGCACUUUACGGUCGACGUUCGUUGAAGCGAAUGUGUUCCCCAGCGGAGGCACAUUGAAACUUCGCACGCAGAGUAGUAAAGUCUGCGAGUGAGUCACCCGUGUCUGUCUGGCGAGUUAUUUUUGCUAUACGUCAGGUCAGCUUUUCAGUACGUCCAGGAAGUUCGCUGCCAACUGUUAAGGAGAAAGGUGGAAUCAGGAAAUACCCAAAUUGAAAAUGGCUUCCAAACAGCAGCUCCAGAGACUGACCGAGGAGACAGUUUGUCCCGUUUGUCUGGAUUUCUUCACCGAUCCGGUUACACUGGAUUGCGGACACAACUUCUGCCGCUCCUGUAUCACCCAGAGUUGGGAAAAGAAGGAGAUAAACUCCUGCCCGGAAUGUAGAGAGGUGUUUCCGGAAAGAAACCUCAGGGUAAAUCGGGCCUUAGCGAAUCUGGCCGAGGAGGCUCGAAAAUUAAAGCUGGGUCCGAAAGAGACGGAGGGCAAAUCUCACUGUGAGGAACAUCAGAGAGAACUGGAGUUGUUUUGUGAAACUGACAAGAAAUUGAUCUGUCUGAUUUGUAGAGAUUCGCGGGAACACAGAGGGCACCGCUUCCUGCCGAUCGAUGAGGCUGUUGAAAUCUACAAGGAUAAACUGAAAUCUGCCUUAGAUUCUCUCACAGAGAAGAAAUCGGCGGUUAUCCAAACUGAACUGACCCAGAAACGGAAGAUUUCCGAAGUGAGGGAACAGGCGAGCAGUCUGCAGACCCACAUCACAUCCGAGUUCACUAAAAUGCACCAGAUUCUCACUGAGAAAGAGCAGCGUUUACUCAGAGAUCUCAGGGAAGAAGAGGAGAGGAUUGUAGAACCAAUGGAGAAAAACCUUCGAGAGAUUCAGGACAAUUUAAAUUCUAUUGAAGAGGAAUUCUCAAAGUUGCAGAAACAGAUGGAGCAAAAAGACGAGCUGAUGUUUCUGAAGGAUGCAGCUUGUCGGAAGAGAAGGAUUAGUGAUGAACAUCAGCAACUCUCAACUACAGAUUUAGUCCUAUCUAAUGGAAAGUACACCGGGCCUUUACAGUACACAACAUGGAGAGAAAUGAUAAACGUCAUUCACCCAGCUCCAGCCUCUCUGACUCUGGAUCCGAACACAGCCCAUCCCCAGCUCAUCCUGUCUGAGGACCGGACCAGUGUGAGACUCGGAGACAAAUCACAGCCGCUCCCUGACUCCCCGGAGAGAUUUGAUCCCUGGUUUUGUGUCCUCGGAGCAGAGGGAUUCACAUCAGGCAGACAUUACUGGGAGGUGGAGGUGGGGGAGAAAACCCGGUGGGGUCUGGGAGUGGCCCGAGAGUCUGUGGAGAGGAAAAGUGGAAUUUACCCAAACCCAGGAACCGGACACUGGAUUGUGAGGCUCAGUCCUGGAAGUGGUUAUUUUGCUGCCACCUCACCCACACGGAUCCUCCUUUCCCCACGUAUGAAUCCCCAGAAGAUCGGGAUUUUCCUGGACUAUGAGGGUGGACAGGUGUCAUUUUACAAUGCGGACACCAUGUCCCAUCUUCACACUUUCACCCACACUUUCACUGAGAGGCUCUUCCCCUUCUUCUAUACGGGACCAAAACUCAAUGGGAAAAACUCCGCCCCACUGACGAUCUGUGGAAUUAAAGGUCACUGACAGAUCAGUUUAUAAUUUCGCACUCUCCACCUUGCCCCUGCCAGCUGUAAACUGAUGGCUGUUGAUCUCAGUCACAGAUGGAGAGCGAAGUCAGCUUAACAUUACAGAAAUGGCUUUCUUCAACAAAAAAUAACUAGAGAAUAGAAGGCUUUGCUCAUGAAAACUGAAUUGACACCUUAAUUAUAGCCAAGAAUAAUAAACUCAACACAUAUUUUUGUUUUACUCAAUAUUAUUCCACACCUUUUAUUUGAAUGCCACGUACCAAAUUAAUGGCAGAUUUGAAGUCACAUUGAAACAGUAAUCUAUCUUGAACAUCUACAUGGAGUAAGACUAUAGUGAAGAUUGUGGUGCUGGAAAAGCACAGCAGGUCAGGCAGCAUCCAAGGACCAGGAGAAUUGAAGUUUCGAGCAUAAGGCCUUCAUCAGGAAUGAAGCUUAUGGGCCAGGGUUGGGAGCUGAGAGAUAAAUGGGAGGGGAUGGGGCUGGGGGGAAGCCAGCUGAGAAUGCAAUAGGUCGAUGAAGGUGGAGGAGAAUGUGAUAGGUCAGAGAGGAGGGUGAGCAGAUAGGUGAGAAAGACAAUGGACAGGUGAAGAGGGCAGUGCCGAGUUAGAAGGUUGGGUCUGGGAUAAAGUGGGGAAAUAAGGAAACCGGUGUGGUCAGCCCUCCAGCCCACAAGCCUCAUUCCUCAUGAAGAGUUUAUGUUCGAAACAUUGAUUCCCCUGCUCUUCGGAUUCUGCCUGACGUGUGUUUUCAAGCACCAUGCUCUCGACUCUGAUCUCCAGCAUCUGCAGUCCUCACUUUCUGAUGUAGUGAAGAUUGAUUUGACAAGCUGUAUGUAAAUUUAGCGGGUGUAUAUGUCAUUAAUUGAUAAUGUUUAACUACAUAAAUUGAUUUCAAUUAGUAUACACCAGACUAUUAAUAGAAUUAAAGUUAUGAUUCUCUGGUUUAUUGAUGUACCUAUCAUUGUCUACAUGAGUGAAAUUGUCCUAAAAUUUCAUUUAUUUAAAUUAAUUUUAAAAGACACUGUACAAUAAGUCUUUUUUUUAAAGUUAUAUACCACAUUAUAAAUUCUUAGGAUGUUGGUGAUGUUGUCUGAUCAUUAAUCCAUUUGAAAUGUGAUUCUUCAAUAAAAAUAGUCAGAGAACCAGAGGCUGUGGUCAACAAAAUGGAAUUAAAUUGAAAUCAAUA